AUACUCGUGGACAGAGAGGUGAACUACAGCUGGGAGCUAAUGUCGAUAGAUGUAUCGAGUAGUUAGUGAGAUGUGUGUUUCUUAUCCUAUCUAAUGACCACCACAUUAUCAUAUUGCUGGCACGGCUUACAGGGUGAUACACACUUUGACUACUCAGAUGCAGUGUUUUAACAACGUUCACAAGUUACAUUUUAUCAUUUACAAGCACUCCGUCAUAAGAGUUUACUGAAUACAGCUGGUACUCUUUUCUUUCAACAGGUAGCUGAUAUUUUAUGGAAAUGAACAAUACGGAUUGUCACAACGAGCAGAUCGACUGCAGUGCAGAUGAGGGUAUACCAGGAUGUCCACUGAAGACGUCCGAUCUCAUUGUUAUCGCUAUGUUGGCCGUAUUCAGCGUCAUUGGAAUCAUAGGGAAUGGAAUCGUCAUUUUUGUGUACACGAAGAAGAAGGAUAAACUCACGUCAUCGGUUUUCAUUCUUGGGUUAGCAGUGUAUGACUUUUUGACCUGUUCUAUUAUAAUACCGUAUACUGCCUGUAUGAUAUACCUAAGGUUUAUGAUUCUGUUCGACGCUCUGUGUAAAACUUACAUGUUUUUGCUGACCUUCAGCGUACCACUCUCUGCGUUCUUAAUGGUGGCUAUUGCUGUAGACCGUUAUCUCUGCAUCUGCCAUCCAUUCUUGCAUCUGUUGAAUAAAACCCGGGCCAGGGCUGUUAUCGGCCUGUUGACAGUGUUCGCUUGUGUUCUGGGUGUACUAAGCUGUAUAUCGUAUUCUGUUUAUGUGUAUGCAGAAUCGUCGUCUGGGGAGUUUUCAAACUGCACUGAUGCGACACACAGUAAAGAUAAUAUCGUUCAGCAAACAAUUUCGACACCUUAUCUUCAGGAGGAAUAUACUGGUCAGUGUAAUUAUCCAGGAACAAUUGUGGGCAUGGCUUACUUAAUAACAUGGCAGAAAAUAUAUUCUUCGUUUUAUUUGAUAUCCCUGAUAAUUGUGCUUUUGCUUUAUAUUAUGAUUUAUUAUUCCGUCACCCGACGAAGGUCCAACAGAAGAAAGCAAAAGGCUAUGAAUAACAUUUGUCUUAAGGCCUCUCUCAAAGAACCACCAAGACAAACUACAUCAUCCCCGACUUCGUCAUUCACCGUGCUGUCCGCUAACGACAACAACGAAAACACCAAAGAACAAAGGAUACUACAGGUGGAAAUAGGUGAAAAUGGCAUUUCCUCUCGACCAGUGGAAAAUGCGGAUGAGACGUCGCCUCUUCAACAGCAGCAGACUCAUAAGAACCAUCAUCUCCAUAUCAGAGAUCAUGAUACAAUAGCUAACAUUAAGACAGCGUUGAUGCUCUUCAUCGUUGCAGUUGUCUUUAUCAUCGCCUUUUUCCCUGCUUGGUUGAUGGCACUAGGUGCCGUUACACACAACAACAUUGUUUUUUAUAUGUACUUUGCUUAUAAUGUUACUAAUCCUAUCAUUUAUGCCUUUAUGAAUCCAACAUUUAGAAGUGAUGUUAAGAAGAUAUGUCAUUAGAGCAUAAUAUUUGGAUAUUUUUUGUAAGGACAUACAUGUAGUACUCAGUGUGAUUUCUUGCUGGAGUGGUGUCCUUAGAAGGUUGAUAUGAACUGGUCCCAUAUCUAUUAACCUUCAAACGACUCGACGUGAAUUGUACUUGAAAAAAACAUCUGUUGUCAGUAUUAUUCUAUGUGUAGAGAAACCUGCUUAGUGAUGUAGUUGGGUAUGUAAUUUUCGUUGUUAAUUAUUCAAAACAAAA